AUGUCUCCCACCGAGAGCCCCAUGUGCAAUACCCCACCUUUGGGCGGUACAGUCCAUCAGCUUGUUAUAAAAGCGGUUUUUGAAGCCCUUGAGCCCCGUGAGAAGUUAUAUGCGCAUUAUCUAGCACGGGCAGCAUGGUGUGGUAGUAGAAUUAUCAUGCGGCAAGUGUCGCCAGAAGGCCCGGGAAUAUUCGACUUCAUCAUGGAUCUUUACCAUUCUUGUGGCGGAGAAUGGGAUACCUUGAUCGCACAAUGCAAUGUCACGCCUGAUGAGCUAACCUAUUUCUUGGAGUAUGCCAGUGUAUUUCUCAGCAACCUGGGCAACUUCUACGGAGAAGGCGAUCAAAGGUUUGUCCCCGGCUUGACGGUUGAAGCUCUACAAACAAUUGCGAAUAUAUCUGAAAGCACCAAGAAUAGUUUAGCGACAGUCAUUGACUCAAUGUUGGCGGUGCCACCGUCCGGCCUUGGAUAUCCCAGCAAGAAUGCACAAUCGGGGUAUUACCCUGGCUCUGAGUUGAUUUCCAAAGAGGAGAUCGCGAUUGUCUCUGAGGCUAUGGUAAAAAACUCCAUUGGACUUGAGAAUACUCGGAUUCGGAAACUUGUUCAAGAUGGAAGGUCCAUCUUUCAGCUGUUGCAAGCUUCUGCUGAGACUGAAACUCGGACGAACAAUCAACAAGAAUUCGCAGAAGGCAUAUUCCUCAUCAGAGGAGAUCAUUGUGAAGAAUUGUCAAAAUAUGCAAGCAACAGCACGCAAGAGGACGUUCUGGCGCACUACCUAGAAUGCUUUCGCACUGGCAGCUUAAAAGCUUUCGAGGAGUCACAGAAAUUAUGGGUGACGGAUGUAGCCGCAAGAGUUGAGAACAUGAUUAGGUUUAUUGAGGCUUACCGUGAUCCAGCUGGUAUAAGAUCAGAGUGGGAGGCUAUGAUAGGAAUCGCUGAUCCAGAUGAGACAUCAAGGUUGAAGCACUUCGUGGGAAUCUCAACUUCUAUCAUCCGACAGCUCCCAUGGGCAGUUGAGGGCAUAACUGACGGCAAAGGUCCAUUUGAGAAAAGCCUUCUUGAAGCUCCCGACUUCACCAGCGUUCAUGCACUCGCCGUAUGCGGAAGCGUCGUUUUUGAAGCCGCGAACCUCCCCAACUACGAAUAUAUCCGAGAAACCCGUGGCUUCAAGAACAUUGUCCUCGCAAAUCGUCUCAGCGUCAACAAUAACCCCAACUUACCAUGUCACUGGGUCGACCUGUCAGAGGUACAAUCCUUUAGGAGCACCACGCAUAUCGUCAGAUUCCUUACCACAGCCAUCCGCGAGCUAAUUGGACACGGUACUGGAAAACUUCUUAGUGAAACAAAACCGGGUGUCUACAACUUCAAGGAGAACCCGCCAAUCAGCCCGUUGAACGGGAAAGGAGUGACUUCUUACUAUUUAUCGGGCCAAACUUGGAAAAGUGUCUUCGGUAAUUUGGCUGGAACAGUAGAGGAAUGUCGUGCCAUUCUGAUUUCAGAAUAUCUCAUGGAUAAUAAAGAGUUGCUGGCGGUUUUUGGGUAUACCGACAGCAGUGAAAUCACAGCCGAAGACCCUCUUUACACCACUUACCUCAACAUUGGAGUCGACGGCCUCCAAGCUCUGGAACAUUACAACUUUGAAAAUCAGACUUGGGGCCAGGUCCAUCACCAGGCAUGCCCAUUUUCUAUCCUCAAACACCUGCUACAAGAAGGUGGAGGCGUCAUUCAAAUUUUGUUCGACCUCACCACCUCUACCCUCACCAUAAAUAUUGACCGCACCAAGAUUCUCUCACAUGGAAAGCCAGCCCUGGCUAGCUAUCUCUGUCGCCUGCACAUCUGGCGCUGCACCGCUGAUUUUACGUCCUGUGCUGAAUUCUCCGAGCCCAUGUGUGCAGUUAAUGGCGUGUACGAGCAGUGGCGUCAGAUUGUGUGUUCGAAGCCCGAACCAAGGUGGAAGUUUGUGCAGCCAAAUACUUUUGUAACCGAUGGAGACGUGAAUUUGAAGGUCUAUGAUGAAAGCAACGAGGGAAUUAUUCAGUCCUGGGCUGAGAGGAGGAUCUAG